UUGCAUGACAUGUUUUAUAUGUUUGUGUGGGCAAUGCACUCCCAGCCAGACCAAAGGGUGCUGCUCUGUCCCAUAAAGUCACUCUGUCCUACAGGCACGAUGCUCAUCCUCAAACCAAGCCCAGCGCCUCGCGUGUGGCAUUGCUGUGGUAUUUGCACCCAGAAGGCAGGCUUACCCCCCCCACAGCUGCUCACCCACCACUGAGGAUCCCCGUAACUCUUGCUGAAUUUGGGCUCUGUGGUGUAAUCUGACACAGCCACCAAUGCGCACGCAUACACACCCUUUUUUCUGCUGUUUAGGUAAAACUCAUCUGACGUUCCUUUCAUUGUAUAGAAGCACCAGCACUACAGACAGAAGCUGGCCUUGGAUGUCCAACCCUUUUUCUUUGCGAGGGAGAGAAAGGCGGUAAGAGGCGGCAAAAGACUACUUCAAGCUGCCAAGGAAGGAUGUGGGCUUAUACUGUUGGUUUCACUGUCCUGCCUCACGUUGGAGGUUUUCUUGGCUGGUUCUUUAAUCGGAAGGAAAUACCUGUUUGGUAUGAGAAGCUGAAAAAGCCUUUGUGGUGUCCAUCCCGCAAAGUAUUUCCUCUUGCUUGGACAGUCCUGUACACUGGCAUGGGCUAUGCCUCCUACCUGAUAUGGAAUGACCUGGGCGGCUGCAGCAGCAAAGCUGUCAUCCCGCUCGGCCUCUAUGGGGCUCAGCUGGCCUUGAACUGGGCUUGGCCGCCCUUCUUCUUUGGUGCACGCAACCUGAAGAUGGCACUGAUCGACAUCCUGUGCUUAGACAGCCUGGUGAUAGGCAUGAUGUGCUCCUGGUACCGCAUCAACAAGGUAGCGACGCUGCUGAUGGUGCCUUACCUGGGCUGGCUGGCCAUGGCGACUUGUCUCACCAUUCGCAUCUGGAAGGACAACCCUGAACAAAAACCAGGAAAGAGCGAAUAAGAGCAGGACAGAAACGAAGGCAUUUUGUGAAACCAAACUAUGCUGAUGUGAACGAAGAUCUAAUAAUUUGGGGCAUUCAUUCUGGGACAGGCAGAACAUGCCUCCUCCUCCCACCUUCACCAUGGUUGUGUAAAACAAAGGUUUGCACCAAACACCUGUGUGCUCCUGUAAAACUACCACGUGUCUUUGAGAACUUUUUUCCCACCACUGUUGAGGUUUUGGGGCUACAGCUGUAUGAUGACCAUAAUGCUAUCAGGUCAAAUUCCAUUAGCCAAAUUAGCAUCUCAUGAUACCAGGGAAAUUCAGAGUAGCAGUCCUGGACAUCCUUCUGCACCGCUACCAUUCCCCCAGAGAGCAGAACUUGUUCACACAUGCGGGUAAAUCCUAUCUCCUCUUCUGGACCAAACAAAAAUGCCCUUCAUUGAUGCACACCAAUUUUAAAGGACUUGAUUUUUUGCUGUUCUUGCUGUUGCUUCGUUUUCAUGUAUCACCUGGUUUGUGCUCUAUACCAUUAGCUUUUUAUCAGUCAGAUACUGAGCAAGCAGUAAUCUGUCUUGCUCUGCUAGUGAAAGGGGACUUGGUACUUUGACUUCUAUUUGUGGAGUAUUGCACUUGUUGAGUUUCACGCUCCAAGAUAAAGCAGCAAUGAUUAGAAUGUAAAUGCUUGUCCCAGAGGAAAUCUCCUCCACCUUUGUGCACUAUUCCUUACCAGAAAAGAAAGACUAAUACGAGUGCCUCUGGGGGGGGAACACCUUAAAAUGUUUGUUUUCUUAAGUACAGAAACACAAGAGCUUUUUUAAAAUUCAAGAACUUGCUCACAUUGCCCUGAAGGUUGUAAUUAUAAGACUGGCAAAAAGUCUCAUGCCCAGGCUGUAGGAAGCAGUACACGUACCCCAUCCCAGUCUUUCCACUCCUGAAUAUUAUUCAUCAGGAAAGGUUAAAAUACAAGCAUUUCUAGAGAAAUAGGACCAAGCCAUGAAACAGAAUCAGAUAUUAAACGUGAAUGGACUAGCCAUUGUCUAACCUUUAUUCUGGCCCUUGCAUUUGAGAGAUCUGAACCUUAGAUGUUGCCGUCUAAGAAAAUAUUUACUAAUACUUUUUUUAAUCAAUAGAAGCAAUUUAUAUGAAUAAAAGUAGUAAGUGAAUCCUCCUUCUGGCAGCUGACUAGAUUAAGGUGCAUGGGUUUACUUGCAAAGGUUUGGGGGUAGGGAGGCUUAGCUGGGGAUGUAAAAAAUUGUAUUUGCUUUCAAUAAAACCAAGCCAC